CCACCGAAGUUCAGUCUCACUAGAGCAGCGAACCCGACAAGGUUUAAGCGGAUCUACCGAGGACUUAACAGGAUCUACAGUUCAACGGAAGUCGAACUGAACUUAACUUGUGGUAGUGAGAUUCUGAUCACGACGGCGGCCUAUCCCGAGUAUUCGUGUGAGUGGGGUGAGACACUCGGCGCGCUGGACGAUAGUCGUUACGGAGCGGGCGUCUCGCCAUGCCCACAGACCAAUAUGGAGUCUCCACAUCUCUAUGACAGUGCCGACUACAAGAAGGGUGGUGCAAGUGCAGUCAAGGUGAAGGCCGGUGCCCUACUGUACUCUGGUGAAGACUACCUUGCCGAGCUUAGCGCGCCGGAAGUCUCCCUGGACCUGCAGGGUCUGAUCGACGACUCCCAGUUCAGCGAGGGCCUCAUCCAGGAGAUCCAGGGCCUCUCGGUCGACAAGAACAACGUUGGCUCCCGAGGCCUGGGUGUCUCCAACAUGUACAACCCCCUGGCCUACUUGCCCCAGCCAGUCCACGGGGCAUCGCAGUUCGAACGUCCUUACCCCGAGCGCACGCACGACCGGGGCCCCGUCAUCAAGGAGGAGCCCAACGAAGGGAGCCAUGAGGUGGCACCCCAGGAGUACAGUGCCUGCGCCCGCGUCGGCCUCGGCGGCGGUGACGGCGGCUACGGGGGAGGGGGCUACAGUACCUGUCCCCCCUACUCCAUGACCCCCACCACCAUCCCCGGCUCAGACAACCUCUGCAAGUCCCCGAUGAUGUCCCCCUCGAGCGGCAAGCUGAUCGGAGGCUGCAAGAAGCCCCUGGACAAGGGCAGCGAAGAGUACAAGCGCCGACGGGAGAGGAACAACAUAGCCGUCAGGAAGAGCCGCGAAAAGGCGAAAGCACGAAGCCGGGAGACGGAGGAGCGAGUCAAGAAACUCAUCGUGGACAACGAUCGCCUUCACAAACGAUGCGAACAGCUGACGAAGGAGGUGGCCGCGUUCCAGAACAUGUUUGCCAGCAUGCACUGCCUACCUGAACACAUCCGGCGGGAGAUCAACAAACAGAUGGAUGCCUUCAACCAGCAGCAUCAGAACCUGGUGAACAUGUGAUGCCGGCAGCACCAGGCCGAAGCCCACCAAGACCUCCCAGCCUGUGCCAGCACCGCCGCCGCCACCACGACCGCCGCCGCCGCCGCAGCCGCCAACCUGCAACCUGCACUCGACGCCUCCCCUCAGUACACGUCUCUGUAACACGGCGGCCAAGCACCUCGUACUCUUCCGCGCUGGCGCAGGCGGGUUUGAGGAGGCCUGGCUACAUGAUUUAGGACGUGGCCUCCCCUCGCGGGAGGAGGGAAGAGGCCCCUGGCUUCAGGAUCAGGCAGCAGCAGCAGUAGCAGAAGGAGGAGGGAGCUGGGAGGUGACCUGCAGCUAGUCACUGUUUCACUGUCCCGGCCAUUACCCAGGACCGCAUGGGGGAAGAGGAGGAGGAGGAGGAGGAGGAGAGCAGACCAACCAAUCUUCGAGAGCCUGACGUCUCGACUUUUUACCUGACGACAACGACGACGACGCAGAUGAUGAUGAAGAGGAAGACUCAAACACGUGAAAAUGACAGAAGGUGAAGAAAAUGGAGAAAAUAAAAAAUACAUAUAUAUUUAUAUACACAUAUAGAGAGAAGAAUAUAUGUAGAUACCUAAUAUAUACCUGGGACGGUGAUGAAGUUUUCUCCCAUGUGGUGCCAACGAUGGGUAGGUUUACACAGAUUUAUCCUCGUGGGCGCUCUGGCGCUCGCCCGCCGUCUUGACUCUUUUCAUUGUCCUCUAAUGUCGCAUCACUAAAGAGAAAAGAGUAAGAAAUAAGAAUUAUUUACAAAUAAAGUGUACAUAUUUAUAUUGUAGACAAAGGAGAUACACAGUUGAAGGUCGGGGGCGGGGCGGCUAGAGGCCGGAGAGGGACCCCAAAUAUAAUAUGUGAUACAACUCCCCAGGGAGCGCGAGCCCAACGCUCAGUGUACGGCUGAGUGAAUGUAAAGUUAUAGAAGUAUGUGAGAUACAAUAUAUUUCGCUAUUUUAAAUAGAAAAAAUCAAAUUUUUUGUAUUUUAUGUUAUAAUAAAAUAUAACUUAAUAAAAAUGUUAAU